AGAUGUGUCGCAGAUUUAAAAAGUCACUUCUCGGAUCAAGUACAAGGAAACGCAGCAGUGCAAAGCAUGAAAUAUUGAAUUAUAAACACAGCAGCGGAAGAGAGGGAAGGUGUGCAGGAAGAGAAGACAGACAGUGUGAUUUACAGUUCAUAGUUACUUUAACGACAGCAAGGGAAAGUACAAGGAUUUCUUGACAAUCACUUCAGUAUUUUAGGAGAACAACUUAGCCGAUGGAACUGUCAGCAGUUGGUGAGCAAGUGUUUGCUGUGGAAUCAAUCAUUAAGAAAAGAGUGAGAAAGGGGCAUGUAGAGUAUUUGUUGAAGUGGAAGGGGUGGCCUCCGAAGUACAGUACAUGGGAGCCAGAGGAGCACAUCCUAGACCCUCGACUGGUUUUAGCCUAUGAGGAGAAAGAACAGAGAGACAGAUCAGUGGGCUGGCGUAAAAGAGGGCCAAAACCAAAAAGACUGCUCAUGCAGAGGAACAUUUACACAAUGGAUCUACAGAGUGCACACCAAGGUGCAGAGAAUUCAUCUGCACAACUGCCUCCUUCAGUGACACGACCGCUUGACCCACAGUUCGGCGUUGUGGAUGAGAGGUUCCACUCCACGGGGGCAUGUAUAUAUCGUGGAUUAACCCACCACAAGAGAAAGAAGAAAGCAUCCAGAGAUACUUCUGAGGAAGAAUGGGAUAGAAGAGAAGAAGAUUAUGAUGAGGGGGUUAUAGAGGAGGAGGAUGAGGUGGAGGAAGACACAAGACAGGAAGGAACUAAAACUGGCAGCAACACUUUAAACAAGCAUAUCAGAACAGGAGGCUGGAGUCCAACCACUGAAUCAGAGAAAACAACUGCAUCUGCUUUGUCAGAGCACUGGAGUCCAGUUAUAGGCCCAGAGGAGGUAACUGUGACUGAUAUCACCAUCAACUCACUAACAGUGACUUUUAGAGAGGCCUUGGUUGCAAGAGGCUUCUUCGGUAGCUGGGAUCUGGAGUUCUAAUAUGACGAGGAGAAGGUGAGGUGAGGAUGGUGAGAGUGAAAGAGAAUUGGUACGUCCGUUUUAGCAGUGUUUACUAUGUUGCAUGCUUUCCGACAGUGUUUCCGACUAAGUCCAUCUGUGCUGCAGAUACAGUAUGAAACAUAUUUUUCAUCAUAUACAUGUAUUUGCACUAUAAGUGUUCUUUUGCACUAUUGUGCACUGUUCUAGUGCACUAUCAAACCCUCCAAAAUGGUUUUUCAGGUUUGUGAUUGGAUCACAGUAAAGUCUUUAUCAUUUCUUGCUAUUUAAUUCCCAAUUAAUGAUGAGAGUAUGACAAAAUCUUGAAAUUCUCAAUGUUAGGCAUAGUCAUAUUGUCCAUAAAACAAAUUUAAAGCCAGUGUUCAGAUGCUGGUAUGUAACAUGAUCUUCUGUUUUCCUGUGCUGUGCAGUGAAGUUUAGAGAAUUUCAACUAAGAUAAACUCCAUUUGGUGUGCUCAUGUACUUGCAUAAUUACAGUGCUAGGACAAAAUAAUAAUAAGCACAAUUAAAUAUUCUUAAAGACAAGCUGCCUAUAUAUAUAUAUAUAUAUAUAUAUAUAUA